AUGGGUCGUCGAUCACCCAUCUCCUUAUUCGCCUUGAAGUUGAAGAGAAUCUUCGUGCAACUGAAGACAAAUAUGAAGAAAAAGAAGCAACGGGAGCUUAAAGACGAAGCAACUAUGUCUAGCCAAGAAGUAGAUUUAUCAUUAAAAGAGGUUACCAAAACCUACCAGAAAAGGAAAAGAUCUACAAGUAAUGAAGAAGACGGAAAUAAAGAAAAGGCCACUAAUAGGACUAUAAAGAAAGAAAAUGCUCCAAAGAAAAUUCAGCUCAAGACUAGGGUGUCACCAAUGGAGUUUAACAAAAUGGUGGCAAAUCUCAGUGAUGAACAAAAAAAUGCGGUUAAAGAGAUUGGGUUUGGAUCAUUACUCGAGCUUAGAUUGUCCAGCAUGGACAAUACACUAAAUACAUAUUUGGUAGAAAACUAUGAUGUUUGUAGUUGUUCCCUAAUGUUGGAGAGUGCAAAGAUGGAGCUCACAGAGGAUGAUGUGGAGAGCACAUUAGGUCUCCCGAAGGGUGAGGUUGAAGUUGUUGAAGGGAACAACUCAAAUGCAACUGAAGAAUACAAAACCUUGUUGGAGGAAUGGAGAACACGCUGGGAAUUAGACAAUUGUUCUCCAUUGGUGAAAAGACUUGGCCAUGGUAUAGUUGAGAAGAAAGACCACGGGGACAUGUUCAAAAGGGAUUUUGUGGUGUUUGUUGUUUCUAGUUUGUUCAAGGGCCACGCUAAUUGGACAUCAAACUUCAAAAUUUUGUACUCAUUGAUUGACGUGAAAAACAUCAAGAAUUUGAAUUGGUGUAGGUACAUUUUUAAUAGUCUUACUACAACAGUGGAGAAAUGGAAGAAGUCAAAAAGUACAUUCUUCACUGGACCAUUGGUCUUCUUGAUGGUUUCAUACCUUGAUAGGAUGCAAUUUAAAGGGCAGCAAAUCCCAAGGAAAUACCCUGCGAUAUCAGUUUGGACAAUGGAUAUGGUCCAAAAAAGAUUAGCAGAUGAAAAGAAUUCUGGUGGGUAUGGCAGGGGAAAAGUCUUGGAAAGAGUUAGGAAAUCGGGUGCUGAGAUUGAAAACAACAUUGUUGGGGAUGGGGUGGAGGCACAGGCAGUUGGUGAUAAAGCUAAAAUGAGUGAUGUAGAGAAGAUAUCUAUGGGAAUGAAGAAACUGACUGCAGCCAUAAUUGAAUUUGGGGAAGUAAUGGCGGAAGUUGGGAGCAAAAACACCGGACAAGAAAGUAUAAAGAAGACUUUCAGCAAGAUGUCUGAUAUGCUGAACAUUGCUUCAACUUCCCAGCCUGACAAGACUUCGACAUUAUUGGACGAUGAUCCAAUCUUCAGCAGCGAGAGCUUUCUUGCAGCAGUUGCAUCAUUGGAAAAGGCAGCAAUGGAAGCAUUGGAAAAGGCCACCACAAUCACCGAAGAACCUGUUGAUCCUGAAACAUUUUCACCACCACGCUUCAAUUUGUUAACACCUACCCCCCCGGAUAUUCAAAAACCAAACGAAACAACUACUACACUCCCUGCUGAGGAAAGAAGCACAGAAAAGGAACAAACAUUGUUUGACAUUGCACUUGAGGAAUCAGAGAGGGAGAAUGUCCAACAUGGGGAGAGAGAGAAAAGAAAAUUGAAAAAUGUUCCAUUGCGAUUGAGGUCUCCAUAUUGGACGAAAAACAAUGAAAAGCUCUCCUUUGUCUCUGCGAAAGAGAAGAUGCUGUCUGAUUUUGCAUUCAUGGAACCGUCUAUUCAACAUCCAAUAGAUGAAACACUGUUUAGGUAUAAAAGGUACCACAUUGCAAGGGACCAGUUCUUGACUCUACGGGACGGUGAAGUAGAGAAGACCAUUAUAGAUGUUUGGAGCUUAAGAAUGAAUUCUGAAAAUAUCACUCGUGGAAUGGGUGAACCAAAAUGCAUCUACUUCACCACCAAUCCUUUUAUGGAAAUUGAUGAUGCUACUGAACGGAAAAUAGAAUUCUCUGCAGAGGAAAAACAAAGACGAUUCAAUGGAUCUUUGGAUUAUGAGAUUAAAUUGGCCUUUAACAUUGACAUCUCUGAUGCUGAACUGGUUUUCUUCCCUGUUAUACGCUAUCAUCACUACUUCAUCAUGUGCUUGAACUUCAAGAAAAGGGUUGUCCAAGUAGUUGACAAUAGAACACUGGGCAAGAAUACCAACUUUCUACAAAGAUAUGAUAAUUGUGAUCAAAACCUAGUUAAUGCAUUCAAAGAGUAUUGCAAAUUUAAAAGGAUCACAACUUUGUUAAACAAAAUGACAAAGCAUGAUGAUGAGGAUGAUGUGUUUAACCAUGAAUUGGUGAAGAUGUCUUGGAAAAAUGCCACUAAUGUUACUGAUUGUGGAGUUUAUUGCAUGCGUCAUAUGCAGACCUUUAAGGGUAAUGGUCCGAAUUGGGAAUCUGGAUUUAACAGAACACCUGCAAAUGCAAUAUUCUUGACAUCUUUGAGGGCAAAAUAUGCUGCCGACAUAUUAUUUUUACCAAUGAAUGAGCACAAACAAUCCAUACUACAGGCAGCCCGUAAUCUUUAUAAGUACACAAUGAUCAUUAUGAAAUUUUUGUUUGAACAAUUCAGAGAUGGUGCUGAAUUGGGUGCUAGCUAG